AGAAUUUUUUUCAUUCACAAAAUCUAAAGAGGAGGAGAAGAAGAAGAAGGAGUAAUAGUUUUUCUGAGAGAUGGCUCGUACCAAGCAAACUGCUCGUAAGUCUACAGGAGGAAAGGCUCCCAGGAAACAACUUGCCACUAAGGCUGCACGUAAGUCUGCUCCUACCACUGGUGGUGUGAAGAAGCCACACAGAUACCGACCUGGUACUGUUGCUCUUCGUGAAAUCCGUAAGUACCAAAAGAGUACUGAGCUCUUGAUCAGGAAGCUUCCAUUCCAGAGGCUUGUUCGUGAAAUUGCCCAGGACUUCAAGACUGAUUUGCGUUUCCAGAGUCAUGCGGUGCUAGCUCUGCAAGAGGCUGCUGAGGCCUACUUGGUGGGUCUCUUUGAGGACACUAACCUUUGUGCCAUUCACGCCAAGCGUGUGACUAUCAUGCCAAAGGACAUUCAGCUUGCCAGGCGAAUUAGAGGCGAGCGUGCUUAGUUUGUUUACUGAAGUAGUAGCUUUGUUUGUCGUAUUUUAACUCUUUUCUUGUUAGACAAAGACAACUAAUGAAUUUAGUAGUAGGGUAAUGUGCUUCUAAGUUUGUUUUGGUAGCCCGGAAUGUGCUGUAGUCUUGUUGCCGUUGUAGACAUUUUGUCUAGAUUGUCACACCUCUGGUGUUUAACAAUGUUCAGUAUUUUCAUCUAAUGGCUAGUCUCCAAGUUGUAGAUAUUAUUGAUUUUAUAUCUACAAAUAAA